UUGCGGAAGUCAGAAACCAAUUCCCACAAGCAAAAAUAUGCUCUCAAGCGGUUAAAUCCUUCCAUUGAUAAUCAAUCACAUUCAGAAAUUUCUUCAUAUUCCUUUCUUCUUCAACCUCCUGAUAAAUCCUUUCAUUUCCCUCUCCCUUUUUCUCUCUCUCUAGAAAUCUCUGUGCCCUACAAUGGCGACUCUCGCGGAUAUUGGAGUUUCCGCCUUAAUCAAUAUCAUCACUGCGGUUGUGUUCCUUCUUGCUUUUGCGAUUCUGCGGAUUCAACCGAUCAACGACAGAGUUUAUUUUCCGAAAUGGUACAUCAAUGGCGGACGAAAUAGUCCUCGCGCCUCCGGAAGUUCUGUGCGGAAAUAUGUUAAUCUCAACAUUUGGACUUACUUCACAUUCUUGAAAUGGAUGCCGGCGGCUUUGAAGAUGAGCGAAGAUGAGAUUAUUAGCCAUGCUGGAUUUGAUUCUGCUGUUUUUCUCAGGAUUUAUACUCUCGGGUUGAAGAUAUUCUUCCCAAUAGCGAUUGUUGCGCUACUUGUUCUCAUCCCAGUCAAUGUGUCUAGUGGGACACUCUCCUUCCUAAGGAAAGAAUUGGUUGUAAGCAACAUUGAUAAGCUUUCAAUAUCCAAUGUUCGUCCUCAUUCCAUAAGGUUUUUUGCUCAUAUAGGAUUGGAGUAUUUGUUUACCCUAUGGAUUUGUUUCAUGCUUUACAAAGAAUAUGACAAUAUAGCACGAAUGAGAUUGAAUUUCUUGGCGUCCCAACGCAGAUGUGCCGAUCAAUUUACUGUGUUGGUUAGAAACGUACCACAUUCAUCCGGUCGCUCGAACUCGGAUACAGUUGAUCAAUACUUCCAUAAAAAUCAUCCUCAACACUAUCUUUCUCAUCAGGCUGUAUAUAAUGCCAACAAGCUUGCUAAGCUUGCAAAAAAGAGAGCAAGGCUCCAGAACUGGUUGGACUACAAUAUCUUGAAGUUCGAACGGCAUCCCGAUAAGAGACCGACUCGAAAGACCGGAUGGUUCGGACUUUGCGGUAAAAGAGUCGACUCGAUCGAGUAUUACAAACGACAAAUGAAGGAUCUCGACGCCCGAAUGGCAUUGGAGAGGCAGAAAAUUGUCAAAGAUCCGAAAGCAAUAUUGCCUGUUUCUUUUGUUUCGUUUAAGUCUCGAUGGGGUGCUGCUGUUUGUGCACAGACUCAGCAGAGUAAGAAUCCCACGUUAUGGCUCACUAAUUGGGCUCCUGAGCCUCUUGAUGUUUAUUGGCAGAACUUGGCUAUACCAUUUGUUUCUGUAAGCAUCAGAAAAUUACUCAUAUCGUUGUCGGUUUUCGCUCUCGUGUUCUUCUAUAUGAUACCGAUUGCGUUCGUACAAUCACUCGCCAAUUUGGAAGGUCUCGAACGAGUUGCUCCUUUUCUAAGACCCGUCAUAGAAUUGAAGCUCGUAAAAUCGUUUCUACAGGGCUUCCUUCCUGGUUUGACUCUCAAAAUCUUUCUAUUUAUACUGCCAAAAGUUCUAAUGAUCAUGUCCAAAAUUGAGGGUCAUGUAGCUGUUUCUAUGCUGGAAAGAAGGGCAGCAGCUAAGUACUAUUACUUCAUGCUAGUAAAUGUGUUCUUGGGAAGCAUUGUGACUGGCACAGCUUUUGAGCAACUGGAUGCCUUCAUUCACCAAUCUCCUACACAAAUUCCUCGGACGAUCGGAGUUUCCAUACCGAUGAAGGCGACGUUCUUCAUUACGUACAUAAUGGUCGAUGGAUGGGCUGGAAUGGCGAGCGAGAUUCUUCGAUUGAAACCGUUGGUCAUCUUUCAUCUCAAGAAUCUUUUUUUGGUGAAAACUGAUAGAGAUAGAGAAAAGGCAAUGAACCCAAAAGGUGUGCAUUUUCCUGAAACUUUACCAAGCUUACAAUUGUACUUUCUACUCGGAAUCGUCUACGCCGUCGUCACUCCGAUUCUUCUCCCAUUUAUACUCGUCUUCUUCGCGUUUGCAUACUUGGUUUACCGACAUCAGAUCAUCAAUGUAUAUAAUCAGCAAUAUGAGAGUGUUGGUGCCUUUUGGCCCCAUGUCCAUGGCCGCAUCAUAGCAAGCUUGUUGAUAUCUCAGUUACUUUUAUUGGGUUUGCUCAGUACAAAAAAGGCUGCCAAUUCUACUCCCUUGCUCGUCGCCUUACCGAUAUUGACAUUGUUCUUCCACAAGUACUGCAAGAACCGGUUCGAACCCGCCUUUCGUAAAUACCCUCUUGAGGAAGCAAUGGCCAAAGAUACACUAGAGCGGAGCACGGAACCUGACCUUGACGUAAAAGCAUUCUUAUCAGAUGCUUACUUGCAUCCAAUUUUCAAGUCGGUAGAGGAAGAAGAAUUAACCGAGAUUAAAGUUGAGAAACAAAAAUCUCCCAUACAAGAAGCAACUCAUUCAUGAGAACGAAGAUCUUUCUA